CAGGGGGCGAGUACCCUGACGUCUUCUCCCAACACCAACCUCACAGCAGCAGCAGCAGCAGCACCACCUCACAGCACCACAAGGGGCGAGUACCCUAACGUCCCCUCAGCACCACCCUUACAGCACCACAGGGGGCCAGUACCCUGACGUCCCCUCAGCACCACCCUCACAGCACCACCCUCGCAGCAGCCCGUCUCCCGCACAGCGUCGUGGUGCCACAUCGAGGAGCAGCAGUAGUGAAGAGCUCCCGAUCUUCGUGGAGCAGCAUGUCCCCGGUCCUCCGGUCGUCUGCGCUCCGGUCCCCGGUCACACCGGACUCUAUCUGACAUCGCUGCUGUUUUUUUUUUCUGCGUUGAGGAUCUGAUUUCGUCCCUUUCUGCUGAUCAUCGACCUGCUCGUUGGAAUGAUGUGGAACUCGCACGACUCUGUUGGAUUUGCGGUCUUAGCCGGGCUCUGUUUCCAGAUGGGAUUCUCGUUCGAAGGACAGUUCACAGAUCUUCCUUCCAACACCACAGCCUUAGAAGGACAGAACAUCGAGAUGGCAUGUGCUUUUCAGAGUGGGACGGCGUCUGUGUAUCUGGAGAUCGAGUGGUGGUUCUUCAGAGAGCCUGUUCCCUCAGACAGCAGUGAGGACGUUCAUGUAGAAGAGCUGGAAACCCCAGUAGAGGUGGACCCUGACAUGGAUGGGAAUAAAAUAAGUACGGUAAAAGUCCAGGGCAACGACAUCUCGCACAAGCUCCAGAUCUCCAGGGUCAGCAAGAACGACGAGGGGCUCUACGAGUGCCGGGUCACUCUGGCGAACUACGGGGAGCUCCUGGAGCACAAAGCCCAGGCGUGGCUGAAGGUCAACAGCACCCUGCGGCCCCAGCGGCCCACGCUGCCCGUCAAGAAGUCCUCCCCCCUGCAUCUCACCGACAAGAAGCCGCGCAAGCCCAGCUCUCCUCUGGGGCCAGACACCAUGAGCGGCGACCAGAUGGCCGGCUCAACAUCCAGCUCCCGGGAGCCUUCCAAGUCGGCCAAACACAUCCCCAGCUCAGGUACCAGAACCUCCUCAGGCAGUGGACCCACUCUUCUUCUUCUUCUUCUUCUGGGGUGUGGUUUGGCGAGGGAAGCCUUAUUACCGUUUCGAGGGCUACCAUAAUUUGCAUCCCAAUGCACUCUCCUGAUUGAAGUGAAAGAAAAGCCUCUUACUUCCGCCAAGUUGGUCCCUCCUCUCCUAGCCACUAGCCACUAGCCUCCUACCCCACAUUGUUCUGAGCUACUGUCAACAUCAGUCACCUUUACAGAGGUUGGAUUUCCUCAUCCAACGGAUUUCUACUGCACAUCUGUACUUCAAUCUUUCAAGUGAAAUAUGGACACUGUCUCUCAUUGACCACCUCUUAUUAAAGACUAACAUUGUCAUUGUUUAUUCACUUUGUUUAUUUGUUUGAGAUCAUUUGUCCAGUAUUCAGAUAUUACAAAGAAAAAAAAGAGUCUAUAUUUGUGUAGUAUGUAAUUACAUUAUAGAUAUAUAAAUAUAUAAAUACGUAUUUCAUAAAAAAAACUAAAACUGGCAAUACAAUUUGUCAGUUAACCAUAGCUUACACUCGCUAAACCAAGUCAUUACAUAUCAAACAGUAGGUCUACAGUUUUAUCCAAGAAUUGUGAGUUUAAGAAAAGAAAGUAUUGCUGAGAUUCCUAAUUUAGUUUAAUUUAGAGUAAUUUAUCUUUAUUCAUAAUUUCAACACAAAAAUACACAACCUCUCCUUUAUUAAAUGAUCUCUAUACAUGACUUAGUCUUUUGUAAAAAGAAUGUACCAUGCUAUUUUAUGUGCUACAUCACAAGUAUACCUCUGAUGUUUACCUUCUUGUAACUGUCUAUUCUAUUUGUAAUACAUUACGUUUGAUGUGGAAAAAAAUGCCUAUGUUGUUUUAAUUUGCAUUUUAUCCCAAAUUGAUUCAAUAAAACCCAAUCUAAUGUUUAUGGGACCAUCAGAUGAAAUGCUAAUAAUUCUACCAGUGAACCAUGCUGUCUUCACCUGACCCACGGUAACAACACACAUAGCUUUGGCUGCUGUGCCUCUCGUCUUGUGUUUGUUCUGAUGACGAAGGGGAAUACACUAAGAUGAGGAGAGGUGACCCCGGAUAUUAGCUUAUUGCUAAUGACUUGUUUACUUUAUCUUAAUGCCAAAACUUGCAAACAUAAAUGCGCGCAUUAAAACACACAUACCUAUAUAACACAUUGAUCACAAGUGGAUUUUCACAACUCUUGCAUAUGUACAUCAUCGUUCUGUCAUCUACAUUUUCUCAAAACCUGUUUUAAAAGCAUGUUUACAGUCAAUGGCAAAGUCAUUGUUGUUCCAAAUAGUUUAUUGUGUGUGUGGAUCAAAUAUAUAAUCAAUUCUCUUUAUUUGAGAAUGCUAUUUGUUGUCUUGAAUCUUCUCACCAGUUUUCUUUUCAAGAAACCAAUGUUAUGUAGAAGCUGAUCUAAAUUUCCCUGUGAAUAAAGGAAAAGGAAUCUAAAUCACUGGGAUAAGGGGUGUGUACAAGGGCUAGGUGAUGGUAAGGGGUGUGUACAGGGGCUAGGUGAUGGUAAGGGGUGUGUACAGGGGCUAGGUGAUGAUAAGGGGUGUGUACAAGGGCUAGGUGAUGCUAAGGGGUGUGUACAGGGGCUAGGUGAUGGUAAGGGGUGUGUACAGGGGCUAGGUGAUGGUAAGGGGUGUGUACAGGGGCUAGGUGAUGGUAAGAGGUGUGUACAGGGGUUAGGUGAUGGUAGGGACCGGGGUAAGGGUUGUGUACAGGGGCUAGGUGAUGGUAAGGGGUGUGUACAGGGGUUAAAUGAUGGUAAGUUUGAGCAGAAAUUUAUAAAAUCAAUGUUAUUUUGCUGAAUAAAGAUAAUUAAAAAA